AUGAACGCAAUGAACACCUUCACAGAAAUUGAACCGCUGUUAGCACACGCUAAAUCAUUCCAGCACCCAAAGAAACUACUGAUCUCCAUCGUGUGUGCUAUAUUCUUGUUAUCGGUCGACUUCGGAUUCUUCUUGUCCACUGCACCGCAAAUCGCUGUCUAUGAGGAAAUCAUCUGUCGAAACCAGGCUCCUCUUCACAGAGCAAAUAGGACUCUGAUUCCAGAGGCCAACCCGUGUAAAGCAGAGGCUGUACAGGCAGAACUGGCGCUUGUGAUUGGAUACCAAAAUGCAUUCGAUGUGGUGCCUGGUCUUUUACUCUCGCUGCCAUACGGUGUCAUGGCGGAUCGCUGGGGGCGAAAGCCUCUCGUAUAUCUUAGUAUGCUAGGCAUUCUCCUUGGGGAGAUCUGGGUCAGGAUAGUUUGUCUAUGGUCAACCGUCAUUCCCCUCCGGAUGGUCUGGCUGUCAGCUGUGUUCAAGAUCAUCGGCGGUGGCGACCAAGUCCUCACGGCCAUUGCCAUGGUUGUAGUAGCUGAUAUCUUCUCUGAAGAUGAGAGAGCAACCGCACUCUUCCGUUUACAGUCUUGCAUCCAAAUCGCAGAAAUUCUGGCCACCCCACUUAGUGCUUAUUUGAUGACCUUUGGUCCAAUGGUUCCCUUUAUGCUAUCAAUUUGCAUCAUUGUUGUGGGCAGUAUUCCAGUCUUCUUCCUCCCCGAAACUCUCAGAAACGCCAAGGGAAUGCGAGUCAAUCGAGAAGGCCCAGAACAGGAUAGCGAAGGCGAGCAGUCCCAGCCGAGAAAGCGGACAGUGUUGCAGGAGGUCAUCCGACAAGUUCGCGAGUUCACACAGUCCACACGUUUCAUUUGGACUGAUUCCAACAUCUGUCUAAUGGUUUUCGUGAUGUUCGUCACAAUGAUGAGUCGACAAUCCACGAACCUACUUCUGCAAUAUGUGUCAAAGAAGUUUGACUGGAGUAUUCGUCGCUCCAGUCUCUUGAUCUCGCUGCGCGGGAUAUUUUCUAUCGUGACAUAUUUGAUCAUAAUGCCAAUCCUGACAUUCUUAACCGUCAAACACUUGAACCUCCAUGGGAAACGUAGCGACCAUUUCUUGAGCAAAGGUAGCGGCGUGCUUUCGAUCAUUGGGUUCGUCAUUAUCUCCAUCGCUCCGACACCGUCUAUCUUGAUCGGUGGUCAGGUCAUCUUGUCAAUCGGUUCAUCAUUCACAGUCACCACACGCAGUCUGGCUACUUCACUCGUACAACUCGACCAUGCUGGCACUUUAUACUCGGCAAUUUCCAUUGCACAGGCCCUGGGAACACUUGUUUCCGGCCCAAUAUUUGCCAACCUCUUCCGGUUAGGCAUGCAUCUUGGAACUGCCUGGAUGGGACUGCCGUUCUUGCAAGCCUCUCUCUUUUUCGUUGUUGCCGUCAUCGCCGUUUGGCACAUUCGACUUGGGCUAUCUCCACGGGCCAAUGAGGAGGAACAGGACCCGUUCUUAUCUUAA